UUGCCGCUCUCACGUACAGAACACAUGCAAGUCAGUCGCACACCGACACACGCAUACCAGCAAACGUCGAAAUUUUUUUUCGAGUGUGUUCGACAUUCAUAAUUUUUGUGGCUGAGUUGCCAGGCUAAAAUAACCAAAAAAUCAACGAGAAAACGUUAAAAGUAUUAACGAAAAAUUAAAGCAAACAACUGGCCCCAACUCAGUGAGUCGAGUGUUGAUCAAAAUUUUCGUAACUGUAAAGUAAAUCAUUGUUUUUGACCCGCUACCUAAGCUCCGCCGAGAAAAGGCAACGAAAAUUCCGUGUGCAAGUGCAGAGAGAACAAAAACAACAAAACACCAACAAUUCCAACUGUCGGAGGAGAUCCACCACCAAGUCCCGGGCUAGAGUCGAGAGAGAGAGAGAGAGAGCGUGAAGAGCUAGAGCAGAAGGGAAAAUGUCGAGUCUGCCACGUCGGAUCAUCAAGGAGACGCAGCGUCUGAUGCAGGAACCGGUGCCGGGUAUCAACGCCAUACCCGACGAGAACAACGCCCGAUACUUCCAUGUGAUCGUCACCGGGCCCAACGACUCGCCGUUCGAGGGCGGUGUGUUCAAGUUGGAGCUGUUCCUACCGGAGGACUACCCCAUGUCGGCACCGAAGGUCCGCUUCAUCACCAAGAUCUAUCAUCCGAACAUCGAUCGUCUCGGCCGCAUCUGUCUGGACGUCCUCAAGGACAAGUGGAGUCCGGCGCUCCAGAUCCGCACCAUUUUGCUCUCGAUCCAGGCCCUCCUCAGCGCCCCCAAUCCCGACGACCCGCUGGCCAACGACGUCGCCGAGCUCUGGAAGGUCAACGAGGCGGAGGCCAUUCGCAAUGCCCGCGAGUGGACCCAGCGGUAUGCCGUUGAAGACUGAAUGCCUCCCCUCCCCCCGGUAGAAACACAAUAGCAACAGCAACAGAAGAAAGAGAGUAGCACCAGAAGAGAAGAGCCGUCUAAGUACCAGGAUCAGUUGAAGUUGCAACAGGAGAUUUGUGUGUGGAUUUGUGCGUUUUGGGGGCGGGUGGGGAAGAGCCUACCAGAAGAAUACCAGAAGCAGUCCGAACGAGAGAGAGAGAGAGAGAUAGAGCCAGAAGAAUAGCCGGGAGAAUUCAGAGGAGAACCUAAAGAAGUAAAAAAAACUAAAGAAACCGAUAAAAAAACUACAAAAAAAAAAUAAUAACACCACACACUAAAAUAAGAUCGCAAGAAGAAGAAGAAAAA